AUGGGUCGAGUUAGAACAAAAACAGUGAAAAAAGCAGCAAGAGCCAUCGUUGAAAAAUUCUACGCCAGAAUGACUGCUGAUUUCCACAUCAACAAGAGAAUCUGUGAUGAAGUCGCUGUAAUCCAAACCAAACGUUUACGAAACAAAAUUGCAGGCUACGCCACACAUCUCAUGAAAAGAAUUCAAAAAGGCCCAGUCAGAGGAAUUUCAUUGAAAAUACAAGAAGAGGAAAGGGAAAAGAAACUUGACUAUAUUCCUGAGAGAUCUGUAGUUAGCACUAGAGAAUUGAGGGUGGAUGCUGCAACUCUGGAAUUGCUGAAAGCACUCGAUCUUGCAGAGCUUCCUAAUAUUAAGCUGGAAGAGCCAAAGCAAUAA